AGAAUGAUGCUGACAAGACCUCCUGAUCCGCCUUUUCAUGGGGGCAGAAGGGAAGCAGCGGCUGUGGAACCAGAUCAGGGUCCAGUGUGCUUUGAAGAUGUCGCUGUUCGUUUCACGGACGACGAAUGGGCAUUGCUGGAUCCUAACCAGAGAGCUCUGCAUAAUGACGUCAUGGAGGAGAAUCGUGGGAUCGUGGCCUCUCUUGAUAGUGAUGUACUGGAAAUCAAGAACAAGAGUGACCAUGACAAAAUCCCCACAAUGGAGAAGCUGUUUAAAUAUCUUGAAAAUGGAAAAAGUUCCAAUUCCACUUCCCAUCAAGGAAAUCUCAUUAGGAAGAAACCCUAUAAGUGCAUGGAAUGUGGAAAGAGCUUCGGACAGAGAGCCCAUCUCACUUCCCAUCACAGAAUUCAUACAGGAGAGAAACCCUAUCAGUGUGUGGAAUGUGGAAAGAGCUUCAGUCAGAGCUCCUCUCUCACUUCCCAUCAACUAAUUCAUAUAGGGGAGAAACCCUAUCAGUGUGUGGAAUGUGGAAAGAGCUUCAUUAAGAGCUCCCAUCUCACUUCCCAUCAGAGAAUUCAUACAGGGGAGAAGCCCUAUCAGUGUGUGGAAUGUGGAAAAAGCUUUAGUCACAGUGGCCAUCUCACUUGCCAUCAAAUAAUACACACAACAGAGAAACCAUAUCAGUGCUUGGAAUGUGGAAAGAGCUUCACUACGAUCUCCUCUCUGAGUUCCCAUCAGAGAAUUCAUACAGGAGAGAAACCCUAUCAGUGUGCGGAAUGUGGAAAGAGCUUCAAUACGAGCUCUGAUCUCACUAAGCAUCAGAGAAUUCAUACAGGGGAGAAACCCUAUCUGUGUGUGGAAUGUGGAAAGAGUUUCAUUGAUAGCUCCUCACUCACUUCCCAUCAAAGAAUUCAUACAGGGGAGAAACCAUAUCAGUGUGUGGAAUGUGGAAAGAGCUUCACUCAUAGCUCCCAUCUCACUUCCCAUCAAAGAAUUCAUACGGGUGAGAAACCCUAUCAUUGUGUGGAAUGCGGAAAGAGCUUCAGUAAGAGAUCUGAUCUCACUAAGCAUAAGAGAAUUCACAGAGGGGAGAAACCCUAUCAGUGUGUGGAAUGCGGGAAGAGCUUCAUUCAGGGCUCCCAUCUCACUUCCCAUCAAAGAGUUCAUACAGGGGAAAAACCAUAUAAUUGUUUGGAAUGUGGAAAGAGCUUCGCUCAGGGCUCCCAUCUCACUUCUCACCAAAGAAUUCAUACAGGGGAGAAACCCUAUCAGUGCAUGGAGUGUGGGAAGAACUUCAGGAAGAGCUCUGAACUCAGGUCCCAUGAAAGAAUUCACACAGGGGAGAAACCAUAUAAUUGUUUGGAAUGUGGAAAGAGCUUCACUCAGGGCUCCCAUCUCACUUCUCACCAAAGAAUUCAUACAGGGGAAAAACCAUAUCAGUGUGCGGAAUGUGGAAAAAGCUUCAGUAUGCACUCCUCUCUCACUUCCCAUCAAAGAAUUCAUACAGGGGAGAAACCCUAUCAGUGUGUAGAAUGUGGAAAGAGCUUCACUGAUCGCUCCUCUCUCAGUUCCCAUCAAAGAAUUCAUACAGGGGAGAAACCCUAUCAGUGUGUGGAAUGUGGAAAGAGAUUCCUUCGGAGCACUGAUCUCACUUCCCAUCAAAGAAUUCAUACAGGGGAGAAACCCUAUCAGUGCGUGAAAUGUGGAAAGAGCUUCAGGGACAGCUCCUCUCUUAAUUCCCAUCAAAGAAUUCACACAGGGGAGAAACCCUAUCAAUGUGUGGAAUGUGGGAAGAGCUUCAGGGACAGCUCUCAACUCAGUUCCCAUCAAAGAACUCAUACAGGGGAGAAACCCUAUCAGUGCAUGGAAUGUGGAAAGAGUUUCAGGAAGAGGUCCUCUCUAACUUCCCAUCACAGAAUUCAUACGGGGGAGAAACCCUAUCAGUGCGUGGAAUGUGGAAAGAGCUUCAGUGCCACCUCCCAUCUCACUUCCCAUCACAGAAUUCAUACAGGGGAGAAACCCUAUCAGUGUGUGCAAUGUGGAAAGAGCUUUAGUCAGAACUCCAAUCUCACUUCCCACCAAAGAAUUCAUACAGGAGACAAACCCUAUCAGUGUGUGGAAUGUGGAAAGAGCUUCAGGGAUAGCUUUGAUCUCAUUUGCCAUCAAAGAAUUCAUACAAAGGAUGAAAAAGCUUUCAUUGUACAGUUUUCAGCGCUAGGGAAAAACACACCUCUUGAACCAGGCCUUUGGCUGAUUGACAUGUAAUGUCCUUUAAAAAUGUGAUAGGGAGGUGGGGAUUACAUGUUGGGGAGGUAUUUUUGUUUUCAUAUUGUUAUUUUAUCUUGUAACCAUCUUGAGACCUGUGGAAUAGGAGCCAACUCGUAGAGGCCGAGGGGUCUUUGCCCCCCCAAUAAAAUAUUUGAGGGGCGCACCCCCCCAGUUGAUAGGCAUUGGCAUUCAAAUGGCAUGCACACACCACAGCAUGUGACUGAUUAUGUGAGGUGGUGCUCACUAAAACCCUUCUAUAUUUUAUUCAACUUGGGACCCCUGUUAUAGGGAAGUAUCGAAAUUAAAUAAAUGCAUUAAUAAAAUAAUACCAUCUUGGUUGCUUUCAUUUGCACA